GAGAAAGAGCGAGCGAGAGAGAGCGAGCGAGAGAGAGAGAGAGAGAGAGAGAGAGAGAGAGAGAGAGAGAGAGAGGCAGACUGACAUAUUAACAGAGUAACAGUCACAAGUUCAGUUGUGAUCAUUUAUGUGUGUUAAAGAGGACUUUGGAUGUGUUGAGGGAUAUGCUGUUCAUACAUUGAUAUAAAAAUGGAUUGGACCUCAUGGAUGUCUGUGCUGGUCGUGUUGAUACACUCUCCGCUUUAUGUAGCAGAUAACGGAAAAAAAAUAAACGUGACGUUUGACAUAUGGGAGGGAAAUGUAACUGUGCUCUGGAGUCCCCCUGAUGGAGCCCCUCUGAAUGCCCUUUAUCAAGUCAGCAAGGCUAUAUAUGGACAACAUGAUUGGCAUGUUGUGCCAGAGUGUAACAUGAUUAAAGAAUCAACAUGUAAUAUUGGAAGCCUUCUAGACCAAGAUCCAAUUGUAGUUAAGGUUGGACUGUUUCAAGGAAAUGUCAGCUUAGCCUGGUCAUUCGCAAGAAGAGUUAGUUUAUUAAAAAGCAAAUUGUUAGCUCCAGAUUUCCUCCUGUCCUCCACCACGAAAACAGUGAAGGUGAAGAUCUUCAGGAAGCAGUUUCUGGAAAAGCUUUUUGCCUCGGGCCCCCUUUACACCGUCACCCUGCGACUGAAAGGAGAUGAUCGGAUUUUAAGACAGAUUGAAGACGAUGAUGAAGACGGUGAGGUGGAGUUCAGUUCAUUACAGUUAUUUCAGGAGUAUUGUGUUAGUGUGACAGUGGAGAUGAUAUCUGCCGAUAUGAAAAACACCUCAUUACAGUGCUGCAUAUAUCCAUCAGAAGAUCUUUCACUGGUGAUCUCUAUGGUAACUCUCGGUGCAGUUGGAACCAUCUCAGUCUUCAUGUUGGCAGUCUGUUUCUUCCUGAAGCGUCCUGGUAAAAUGCCUGCUGUUCUGAAAUCCGCUGUGAAUGAAUGGCGUCCCAUGAAUGUAGGAUCUGUCCAAGUGGAAAACGUCACUGACAAGGGUUGGCUCAUGACCGGCAGCAAAAUGUCAGGAAAGAGUAAAACACCUGAAUACACUGAAGAAGAUAAAGAUAGGAGAGAUAGUACAGACAGUGGCGUAAGCGUCAGCGAACAGCACUCGGAUAAGGUCGAAAGAACGGAUGCGCCUGGGGGAAAUGACGACAGCGGCUGUGGAAGCCUAACUGGAUCUGAAGAUGGUGGAAGAAGCUUGGAAGAACUCCCUUGUCUGGACGGAAGAGUUACCAGUAGCAGUUGCCAAAGCAGAGAGGACAGCGGUUUGGGAUUGGUGAACCGGGAUGUUUCCGACAACCUUAAGGGGGAGGACAGUGGACUCCUUUCCGAGAUAGUGAUUGCUGGGGAUGGAUAUCGGAGUCAGAGCCCCUCUAGUGAUGAACACUGUGAGAUAACCGUACCCUGUGAUAUAGACAGUAACACAGAUGGCCCUAGCGGUGGCUAUCGGUCUGGUCAGGUGACAUGUUUGUGUUCAGACUUCGAAACUUGCAUGUGGUGCAGAACUGGGAAGCUGCUAAUGACUGUCUGUGAUUCAACGUCUCAUGAGCAAACCACGGCAGAUGAACAUGACAGACCAAGCUAUCUGCAAAAAUCUCAUGCACAGGAUGCAAAUGUGUUAGGAUUGGGGGAUUUGACUCUUCAGUCGGAUGAAGACUGCUGCGAAUCGUCCACUCUUUUAAUUUCCUGUCCCUUAUUCCUUCAAGAAGGACACAAUCUGCAGUGCCGGUUGGAAACUUUACCUCUUACAUUAGGAGAUGUGGAACUGACGUUCACGUGAGCUGUGAAGAAAUGUUUUAUGGACAUGUAAGCUUAUAAGGAAGCGGUAUGUACACUGUACAUAUUUGCUAUUUCCUUUUAACUGACAUUUAUGGAACAUAAGCAGUGUUUAGAGAGACAGCCGAGAUGCUAAAUCCAUCUGGGUUGCUCAAAAGCGAGACCAUGUACGCUUGGUUGCAGAGGGGAGAACUCCAGCACAAAAUCACACCAAUGUUUUUAUUUGGAGUGAUUCAGUGUGAGAUACAGACUGAAUUUUGGUUGCUGCUUGACAAUGAGUAAACCAAAAACUGUUGGUGGUUAACUAAAAUGUCAUUGCUAGCUUUCAACUUCAGAUCAAAUGCUUAUCUUACGUAUCUUACCCACCACUAAUCUGGUUACUCGAUUAUGCUAUGUAUGCGUUGAAUUGAUGCAGAUUUGCACACACACAUAUAUUUGUUUACUGGCGUCUUUACUAUGUUGAAUUGUGUUAACAGCAAUGAAAAGUGAUUAUUGUAAUAAAAAGUGACUAGAUUUGUA